AACAGCGGUGAACAAGCUAGAAAUAGGUUGGCCAGGUUGGUGGUGUAGAUAAUUGGUUGUAAAUCUGCUAGUUACUCUUGGAAUCAUACCAUCAGGUAUGGAUGACUGGCCGUAGAUCCGCCAGUUAUUCCUGGAAUCUUGAUCGGUGGACAAAUAAUCCACCAGUCAAGAUUCCAGGAGUAGUAACAGGCGGAUCCACGGCCAAUCAUCAUCCACACCGACAUGGUAUGAUUCCAAGAAACUAGCGGGUUUAAAACUAAUUAUCUACACCGCCAUCACAGCCACGACUUCUACCUCCACCUGUUGCUAGUCUGUUCACAGCUGUUAUUUCACCCCCUUCGUCCCAAGAUGUUUUUCUUGAUUUAAGUCUAAAUUAAAAAUGCCAGCUUGCUUGCUUCAAAACAUACUAAAAUCAGGACUAUUUUGAAGAAAGAUAAAAGACAUAGAAAUUAAUAUCUGCGACCGUGGAUCUUGCUGAAAGAUGAUCAGAUUGAAGUAAGAUCAAUAUAAAGUGUUAAGGCAAGUGUAUCUCAAGUUCUUCUACACGAUUAGAACUCAAUGACACCGUGAUUCUAGGAUUUAGUCAAUCUAUAAUUUAUAUGUUUAUUAUAUUGUAUCAUAGAUAUUGUUUCCAUAUCAGUUAGGAGUCUGUGUUAGUGCUUCUGUAUGUAUAUUGUUUACAAGACAGCAUUAAUAAAAGAUGCAACAGUUU